AUGGAUCCAGGAAAAUCAAUAGAUGAUAAAUUCAGCAAGUUGCAUCCAAGUUUGCCAGUAGACACCAGAAUUGGCAUAGUUGGAGCAGGGCCAAGCGGCUUAUCAGCAGCGUUUGCACUAGCUAAGCUAGGAUAUCACAAUGUAACUGUGUUUGAGAAAUGCCAUAAUGUUUCAGGGAUGUGCGAGUCCAUUGAUAUUGAGGGAAGGACAUAUGAUCUGGGAGGACAAGUUAUAGCAGCAAACAGUGCCCCUGUUAUAACUCACCUGGCAAAGGAACUAGGCUCUGAAUUUGAAGAAAUGGAUACACACAAGCUUGCUCUGAUUGACAGCCAAACAGGAAACAUUAGAGAUCUUGAAGUUGCUGAGGACUAUGUAUCCAUGGACGAGGCAAAUAGGUCUGGACGAGUGGGAAUUCAUGCAGUUAGUGGAUUGGCCUCAGAUCCAACUCUUGACUUUUUGAAGCAGCAUGGAAUAAGUUCAAUGCCAAAAUCUGUAGUAUAUGGUUACACUGCUUCUGGCUAUGGUUUUGUUCAAGACAUGCCCUAUGCUUUCAUACAUGAGUUUACUAGAACCUCUAUGGCUGGCAAGAUCCGACGUUUCAAGCAUGGUUACAUGAGCUUGUGGGAGAAACUUAGUCGUUCAUUACCAUUUGAAAUUCUUUGUGGCACGGAGGUUCUCAGAGUCAAGCGUGACAACUGUGUCGCAAGUGUAACCAUCAAGAAUAUCAAUGAUGAUGUAGAAGUUAGGGAGUUUGAUAAAAUUAUAUUGUCAGGUGCUCUUCCUUUCAAGAAUGGGAAAACAUAUCGAUCUUUGAGUAUGACUGAUGGAGAAAAUGAAGUGGUAGAACUGAAUGAUCUUGAAAGAGAGCUAUUCAGUAAGGUACGGACGAUUGACUACUAUACAACUGUUGUUAAGAUUGAAGGAUUUCAGCACAUGCCAAAGGGCUUUUUCUACUUUGGGGAAUACAUGGAGGAUCCAACAACAGUAGGGCAUCCAGUGGCAAUGCAAAGAUUCUUUGCUGACACAAAUAUUUUCUUGUUCUGGUCUUAUGGGAAUUCAGUAGACAUCAAGGAGUCAUAUGUGGCUAAAUGUGUAACCAAUGUUGUGACAUCUAUGGGAGGAACUGUGCAGAGAGUGCUUUUACAGCGGCGAUUCAAAUAUUUCCCUCAUGUCAGCAGUGAAGACAUGAAAAAUGGAUUCUACGAGAAGGUGGAGUCUCAGUUGCAAGGCUUUCAGAACACUUACUUUGUUGGAGGUCUGCUAGCGUUUGAGCUAACUGAAAGAAAUGCGUUAUACUCCAUCUCAGCUGUUUGUAAACACUUUGCCAUUGCCAGUGAGAUACCAAUGGUUCCUUAUGUUAAGAGACUUUUUCCUCUAUCCAAAGGAAAUCCUUCACCUCCUAGACAUAUUGGUGAGCUUGAAGGAGUUGAAUUCCCCCAUCUUCCAUCCCUGGAUGGAUAUUUACAAUACUGGGGAACUCAUAGAGUCACUGCAGAGAAGGUUAUCUACACUUGGAUCAACGAAGAAGGGAAGAUCGUGAAUCGUAGAACCUACCAGGAGCUUCAUGAUAAUGCAUCUUACAUUGCAUAUAGGCUAUUGACAAGCACAAAGCCUAUUAUCAAGCCUGGUGACAGAGUUCUUCUUAUUCAUCUACCUGGUUUGGAGUUUGUUGAUGCAUUCUUUGGAUGCAUCAGAGCAGGAGUUAUACCAGUCCCAGUUUUGCCCCCUGACCCAAUGCAAAGGGGUGGGCAAGCACUUCUGAAAGUUGAGAAUGUCUCUAAGGUGUGCAAUGCUGUGGCAAUUCUAUCCACCUCUUCAUACCAUGCUGUUGUACGUGCAGGCUAUAUCAAGAAUAUUGUCACUCUAGCAAAGAGUGCUCAGAAAUUCUCAGCUCAGUGGCCUGACCUCCCAUGGAUUCACACUGACUCAUGGAUUAAGAACUAUCGACGAAGUCCAGACAGUUUCAACUCAGAAAGUGUUGUGCCUAUGAUUACCAAGCCCCAGCCAAGUUCCACUGGUGACGCCAAGGGUGUGAUGAUAACACAUGGUGGACUAAUCCACAAUGCGAAGAUGAUGAAGGAGCGAUAUAGAAGGCCAAACUUUGCAUUUGAAUUGGUUACAAGACGGCUUGAGGCUGAGAAAAACAAAAUGUAUGACCUCUCUUCAAUGAUCUUCCUCAUGAUUGCCGCAGAGCCAGUGAGGCAAAAAACUGUCAAAAGGUUCAUAGAGUUGACUCAACCUUUGGGCUUUUCUGAAGGUGUACUUGCUCCUGGAUAUGGCCUGGCUGAGAAUUGUGUCUAUGUUAGCUGUGCUUUUGGUGAAUGCAAGCCCAUUUUUAUAGACUGGCAGGGAAGAAUAUGUUGUGGGUAUGUUGAUCCAAAUGAUGCAGAUGUUGUGAUCAAAAUUGUUGAUCCAGACUCUUUGACAGAGCAUCAAGAGGAUGGUGCUGAGGGUGAGAUAUGGAUCAGCAGUUCUAGUUCUGGAGUUGGUUAUUGGAACAAUAAGGAAACAAGCCAGAGAACCUUUUGCAAUUGUCUCAAGAAUUACCCUAACAUAAAGUUUACAAGAACUGGUGAUUUAGGACGGAUCAUUGAUGAUGUAGAGAAGACAGUGGAAGGUUCUUCUGAUGUUCUUCGACCAGGCUGUUGUGCUGUUGUUGGUGUUCCUGAGGAAGUUUUAACCCAGAAAGGCAUCUCAAUCCCUGAUUCUUCUGAUCAGGUUGGACUUGUCGUGAUCGCUGAGGUUAGGGAGGGUAAAGUAGCCUCUGAAGAGAUUGCAGACAGCAUCAGAACACAUGUAGCCGAGGAGCAUGGUGUAACUAUUGCAUCUAUCAAGCUUAUCAAGCCUAGAACCAUAUCCAAGACAACAUCUGGGAAAAUACGGAGAUUUGAAUGCAUGAAGCAAUUUGUUGAUAAUACUCUUAGCUUAGCAAGUGGUAAUCAUAUAUCUAACAAGAAGUCUCUUUUUCGGUCUCUCACUACAGGAACUGGCAUGGAAAUCAGGAGACCUUUCUUGAAGCACGCUGUUGAUCCUACCAUUCACCCUCAGCCUAGAAGCAAAGUGAAAAAAUUCAUGGAGAUUGUUGAGUUUUUAACGCAGUUAGUAUCUGAUCGAACAGGUAUUUCAAAGGAUAAAAUUUCCCCAAAUGACAGCCUACCUUCUUAUGGUUUUGACUCGAUUGCAGUGGUCCGAGCAGCACAAAAGCUCUCAGAUUUUCUUGGUACACCUGUUGGAGCAAUUGACAUCUUUACUGCGAGCAGCAUUUCAGAGCUUGCUAACUCCUUGGAGAAUCUGGUGCUUAAGUCACAACCACAGCUGGCACCUCAGCCUAGAAGCAAAGUGAAAAGGUCCAGUGAGAUUAUUGAGUUUCUAACACAGAUAGUAUCAGAUCAAGCAGGCAUUCCAAAGGACAAAAUUUCUCCAACUGAUAGUCUACCUUCUUACGGUUUUGAUUCAAUUGCAGUGGUCCGAGCUGCUCAGAAGCUCUCAGAUUUUCUUGGUAUUCCUGUUGGAGCCAUUGACAUUUUUACAGCAAGCGGUAUUGCUGAGCUUGCCAGCUUCUUGGAGAAUUUGGCGCGCAAGUCACAACCACAGUUAGAACCUGAUGUAUCUCACUCCGCUGAAGAUGAGAAUCUAGUUAUCACAGAUGCCACUAGUUUAGAUCUUAGCGUGUUUGCUACUGGGACCCUCCAACUCCUGGCUCUUACUUAUGUCUGUUUUAUCCUGCUACUCCCAGCAUAUCUCGCAAGCUCGAUGUACAUGAGCAUAUCUUCAGUCAGUCUGGUGAAAUCAUCACUACUGAGCUAUCUUAGUUCUUUGGUCUUGGCACCUAUUGCAUGGAUCUGCUAUGCCUUGUUCACUUCAUUAUCCCUGUCUACCUUGGGGAAGCCAUUCCUUCAGCCAAAUUAUGUUUUAACCCCUGAUAUUUCGAUAUGGUCGGUUGACUUUGUGAAAUGGUGGGCACUAAACAAGGCACAAUCAUUAGCAGCAAAGAUGCUAGCUGUGCAUCUAAAGGGCACAGUCUUCUUGAAUUAUUGGUUCAAGAUGCAAGGAGCUCGGAUUGGUUCACAUGUUGUCAUUGAUACGGUAGACAUCACUGACCCAUCCUUACUAGCAGUCGCAGAUGGUGCAGUGAUCGCAGAAGGUGUUCUCAUUCAGAGCCAUGAAGUCCGUAAUGAAGUGCUGAGUUUCAGGCAUAUCAAGAUUGGUCAGAAGGCAUCAAUUGGCCCUUAUGCGGUGAUCCAGAAGGGAACUGUUGUGCAUGGUGGCGCUGUCGUUCCACCAUUGCAAAAGACUGAGCAAGCGAAAUCAGCAUAUCCUCCUAGCGGAGCUUCUGCGUACAUGAAGGACGAAGCAGGGACAGCAAACAUGGCAUUUGAACACCUCGUUAGCAUCUAUGCAGUUGGCUUCUUGGGUGCUUUAUCAGGUGCAACAGUCUUCAUGUUGUACACCCACUUUUCAGGCACCACGGCUUCGCUUCAGCACUUCUCCUUUGCAUGUGUUGCUGGUGCUUUCCAUUGGUUGCCAGCUGUCAUUGCCGCUUAUGCUGUGAUUGUCCAGGAGACAACCAAGAGCCCAGUGGAAUUUGCUCUCUUCAUUGCCUUCGCCUACUUAAGUUAUGGGAUCAUUGUUAGUCUUCUCACCAGUGUCACCAACAAAGCUCUUGCUACAAGGUCAGGGACCAAGAAGAAGGAUAUGGCAAGUUUGAUCCAGCAGCGCAUAACCAUCGCCGCACACCUCAGAUUUGCAAAGAUGAUAUCGGGUGAUUUCUGCAAUAUUGUUCCAGGGUUCUACUCAAAGGGGUUUACCAGUGCAGAGAUUAAGGUCCAGGACAACACUGUGGUUGGCAGUGGCAGCUUGCUCCUUCCUGGCUCUGUCCUCCAAGAGAAUGUCAUCCUGGGAGCACUAUCUGUCGCCCCACAGGGUUCGGUUCUCCUUCAAGGUGGCGUCUAUGUCGGGGCGCAGUCUCUGACCUUGGUGAAGAACACCUUGCUCACAGAAGAUGAACGGAUUGCAGAGAUGGACCCGAUGUAUAAGAAGAUUGUUGGGAACCUUGCGGCGAACCUGGCCAUCACUACCAUGAACGUCAAGUCAAGAUACUUCCACCGCAUUGGCGUCAGCGGGCGGGGGGUCCUGAGGAUGUACCAAGAUAUACCUUCGCUGCCCAAGCACAAGAUAUUUGGCGCCGGCAAGUCUUUCCCGGUGAUUGUCCGGCACAGCAACAGCCUCAGCGCAGAUGACGACGCAAGGCUCGACGCUCGUGGCGCAGCAGUGCGGAUCCUCUCGGAUGACGGCGAGGUGCCUCUUCUUGACCUCACACUGAAGAGUGGAAAGGCGUUCUACGCGCGCACAAUCGCCGACUUCGCCACCUGGCUUGUCUGUGGCCUGCCGGCGAGGGAAGAGCAAGUGAAGCGUGCACCGCACAUCCGCGACGCCGUCUGGGGCUCGUUGCGGAACACCGACUCGUACACCAUGCUUCAUUACUACUCAAACAUAUGCCGGCUGCUGCGGUUCGAGGACGGUAGGCAGAUGUACGCAAAGUUCAAGCUUCGUCCUGCGGACCAAGGCAUCUCGGAGGACUCCGGCCAAGUGGUGCCGCGUGGCAUCCUGCCACCGGAAACUGGUGCGAUCGCGAGGGACGAGGGUGACACACGCCCGCUGCUCUUCCUCGCUGACGACUUCCGCCGGAAGGUGCAGUCUCCCGAGGGGGUGCGCUAUGUCUUCCAGCUGCAGCUCAGGGAUGUCCCUGCUGACAGCGCCGCUCGCGACAUCGCUCUAGACUGCACACGGCCUUGGGACGAGGCCGAGUUCCCGUACAUCGAAGUCGGAGAGAUAAGCAUUGGCAGCAAUCUCCCAGCAGAGGAGACGGAGAAGCUCGAGUUCAACCCGUUCCUGCGGUGCCAAGAGGUGGACGUGAUCUCGGCGACGUCCUGCAAGCAGAGCGCGUCCAUCGACCAUGGGCGCUCGCUGGUCUACGAGAUCUGCCAGCGCGUGCGAAAUGGCGAGCCACUGCCGGCCUCGUGGCGAGCGUUCCUCGAGCAGUCAGACACCAAGAUCGACUUGUCAGGCUGUCCGGUCAUCGCGGCGACGCGCUCAAGCUCGGACGUCCAUCAAGCCACCAAGGUGACGCUGGCUCGGACAUGGUACCAGGCGCUCUGGGCCACGCUGUGCCAGCCACUGCUGCAGACUCUCCUGCCGUACUUCGUCGUGGGACUAGUCAUCUUCCUCCCCCUCCGUGGCCUCCUCGCCUCCACGGCCACCGGCAUGCCACUCUACUGGACUCUGCCCAUCUUCUGGGCCAUGUCAGGCGUCGCCGCGAUGGGUGCCUGUGCCGCAGCGAAGUGGGCCCUGGUUGGCAGGCGGGCCGACGGUGACACGGUGCACAUCUGGUCGCCGCCCGUGUUCCUGGACACGAUCUGGCAGGCCGUGCGCACGGCGACCGCGGAGUACUUCGCGGAGCUUACUCCCGGGUCCGUGCUGUUCGCUGGGUGGAUGCGGGCGAUGGGCGCAUCCGUGGCCGUGUCCGGUGGCGUGUACGUGGACUCCAUGGGCGCGCUGCUGAACCCGGAGAUGGUGCACCUGGAGCGCGGUGCAAGCGUGGGGCGGGACGCGCUGCUGUUUGGCCACGUGUACGAGGGCGAGGGCGGGGAGGUGAAGUUUGGCAGGGUCCACGUGGGCGAGGAUGGGUUCGUCGGCAGCCGCGCGGUGGCCAUGCCGGGCGUCAGGGUCGACGACGGCGGCUGCCUCGGUGCCCUGCGGCUGGCCAUGAAGGAGGAGAUCGUGAUGAACAGGAUGUAG